AUGAGUCGAAGAGGUUAUGUUCAAGCUAUUGGAAAAGACAAAAACAUAGGAAUUAAAGCAUAUGCUAGAUUUAGGCCACUGAUUGAUCCGUUCCAAAACGAUGAAACGGAUCUUUAUGUCUACCCAAACCCCUCAACUGUCAUGGUCAAAAAAUCGCUUGAUAAUGCUGAUUCUUAUACAUUAGACGGUGUUUUUCCACCAACUACCUCCCAAGAGGAAAUUUUCAACGUUGUUGGUAAACCAAUUAUUGAAGACAUAUUAUCAGGUUAUAAUGGCACCGUUUUUGCCUAUGGGCAGACAGGCUCAGGCAAGUCUUAUACUAUGAUGGGCUUAAACAUCUAUGACUCUGAUACAAAAGGUAUUAUCCCCAGAGCAACGAAUCUAAUUUUCAGCAAGCUGCAAGAGUCAAACAGAGAAAUAGAAUAUUCCUUGAAGUGUUCUAUUAUAGAAAUUUAUAAAGAAAGCCUCAGAGAUCUGCUUUCGAACUCCGGUGCCAAACUUAAAAUAAAAGAAGGCCCAAGGAAAGGCGUAUUUGUCCAAGGACUUAAAGAAGUUUAUGUAGUCUGUGAAGAGGAACUAAUGAAUGUAAUUGCUCUUGCUGAAAGUAAGCGAACUGUGGCUUCAACCAAGCUAAAUCAAGUCAGCUCAAGAAGUCAUCAGCUUUUUGUUUUGGAAGUUGACCAAAAGUUGCCGGAUGACACCGAAAAACGAGGAGUUAUGAACUUUAUCGACCUUGCUGGAAGCGAAAAAGUAAAAGAGUCAGGAGUUACUGGAGAAAAACUGGAGAAAAACUGGAAGAAGCUAAAAAAAUAA